UUCUGCUUCUUCUUCUUCUACCCCUCUCUCUCUCUCUCUCUCCCUAAUUGAUUUCUAUAUAUACUAUUGAUUUUAUAGCAACUAAGUACUAAGUUCCCUCUUUAUCUCAGUGCCUGGUGUUCUAGAGCUACAAGAGAGGUUAAAGAGAAGGAAUGACUUUAAUACUCAACUCCUUCAACUUUCACUCCUUUCCUUCAGUACUUGCUCUCCCAUCGAUGAGAUCGCAUAUAUCUCCAAAGUUUUCUAUGACCUCCACCAACUUCUCCAACACUAAAUCUAGAGGAGCAGAAAAGUGUUUAAGGCAUUCUAGUGAAUUUAAUGUGAACAAAGCCCAUCCCAUGCUACCUAAGACAGUUGAAAUUUUCAAAUCUAUGGAGGAUUGGGCUAAAAACAAUGUCCUAAAUCUCCUAAAACCUGUUGAGGAAUGUUGGCAACCACAAGAUUUUUUGCCAGACCCUACCUCAGAUGGAUUUGUUGAGCAAGUCAAUGAACUAAGGAAGAGAACAAGAGACAUUCCUGACGAGUACUUUGUUGCCUUAGUUGGUGAUAUGAUCACAGAAGAAGCCCUUCGAACUUAUCAAACUCGAAUUAAUUCCACAGAAAAUUUCCAUGAUGAAACAGGUGUAGAUAACACACCUUGGGCAAUUUGGAUAAGGGCAUGGAGUGCAGAAGAAAACAGGCAUGGUGAUCUUCUCAAUAAAUACCUUUUCCUUUCUGGAAGAGUUGACAUGAAACAAAUUGAGAAGACAACUCAAUACUUGAUUGGGUCAGGAAUGGAUCUUGGCCACGGGUAUGAUCCAUACCUUUUAACCAUUUACACAUCAUUCCAAGAACGAGCAACAUUUAUUUCUCAUGGGAACACAGCCAAGCUGGCCAUGCAAUAUGGGGACAUAAAGCUUGCCCAGAUAUGUGGCAUAAUAGCCUCAGAUGAGAAGCGCCAUGAAACUGCAUAUUCAAAUAUAGCUGAAAAGCUUUUUGAGCUCGAUCCAAAUGAUAUGGUAAUAGCCUUUACAGACAUGAUGAGGAAGAAAAUCUCAAUGCCAGCCCAUUUGAUGUAUGAUGGCCAUGACCAUUGA